AUGGCGGACGACGGCCAGGCGCUGCGCGGCCGUAGGGAGUCCAUCGACGUCCUCAGGCAUCAGCUGCACAACCCGGACGCCCACCAGCACCGAUCCCGCCUUUUUCUGGCAUCGGCGCUGGGAGACUCCGUGAAUGCCGAGGCGCUCGUGGCGGCGGGGUGCGACGUUGCCGAGGCAGACGACCGCGGGCUGACACCACUGCACGGCGCGGCCGUUGGCGGCUUCCUGGACGUCGCCGAGCUGCUCGUGCGGGCGGGAUCGCCGCUGGACGCCCCCGACCACCGGGGCCGCACCGCGCUGCACUACGCCGCAGUUUACGGCCACGAGGCAGUGAUCCGGUGCUUGGGGCGGGCGGGCGCGGCGCUGGACGUGCGGGACGCGCGGCGGGAGACCCCCCUGUGGGGCGCGGCGUCGCGCGGCCGGGCGGCGGCUGUGCGGUGCCUGGCGGGGCUUGGAGCUGACAUUAACGCGAGGGAUAAGCGGGACCAGGGGCCCCUGUUCGUGGCCGCCGCGCACGGGCACGUGGCGACGGUCACGAUUCUGUUGGGCCUUUCCGCUGAAAUUGAGGACAGGAACAGCUUUGGGAUGACGGCGCUUCACGCUGCAGUGCUGAGGGACCACGUGGAGGUGGCGGAGGCCCUGGUGGCGGGCGGGGCCCAGACCGAGGCGGCGGACGUCAAGGGGCGGACCGCGCUGUGCGCGGCAGCCGCGGCGGGGUCCGCGGCGGCGAUGCGGGUGCUGAUCCGGGCCGGCGCAGCGCUUGGGGCGGCGGACGACUGUGGCGUGACGCCGCUGCACAUUGCGGCGAUGAACGGCCACGCAGAGGCGGUGCGGCUGCUAGUGGGGGCGGGUGCGGACGCGGAGGCGGAGGACGGGAACGGCUGCACGCCGGUGGUGGUGGCUGUGGCGCUCGGGCACUCGGACAUCGUCAAGUUCCUGAUGGGGAAGGCGGUGUGCUGA